GCGAGGGCGCGCCGUCUGCACGAGUUCCCCUGCAGCGAGGAGGACUUGGACGAGUACGGCAACCUCACCAGGUGGUCUUCCUUCGAGGAGUUUCAGGACUUCCUGCGCCAGAACGACCCCGGCAGCAGCUGCUCGCCGAGCUGCACGUGCAGCACCGCCAAGCAGGGGUCGCAGUGCUACGAGUCCGUGCUGUGGAGCUCCACGGUGGGCAUCUCGGACACGCGCUCGCCGUGCUGUCCUCGUUGGGGCUCUCGGCAGGACUCGCCGUUCGAGCACUUCCAGGAGCACCUCUGGAAGUGGUUCAACGACAGCAAGUGCGAACGACCUUGCCAG